GCCCCGGGCUCCGCGCCAGGAGGCGGCGGCCAGGCCGAGCCCCAAUCCCCCGUGCCCGGGGGAUCCCCGACGGUGACCCGCCCGGCGAGGGGCCAGAGGAGAAGGACGAGGAGGAAGGGCGGCCACACCGGAGACCCAGCAAUGGCGCUCGACUUCCUUGCUGGAUGCGCUGGGGGUGUGGCAGGUGUGCUCGUGGGACACCCAUUUGACACGGUCAAGGUGCGGCUUCAGGUGCAUAGCCCGGAGAAGCCUCAGUACCGAGGGACCCUGCACUGCUUCCAGUCGAUCAUCAAGCAGGAGAGUGUGCUGGGCCUGUACAAGGGCCUGGGCUCGCCCCUCAUGGGCCUCACCUUCAUCAACGCGCUGGUGUUCGGCGUGCAGGGCAACACCCUGCGGGCGCUGGGCCAGGACACGCCGCUGCACCAGUUCCUGGCGGGCGCGGCGGCGGGCGCCAUCCAGUGCGUCAUCUGCUGCCCCAUGGAGCUGGCCAAGACGCGGCUGCAGCUGCAGGACGCGGGCCCCGCGCGCCCCUACCGCGGCUCGCUGCACUGCCUGGCGCACAUCUACCGGCGCGAGGGCCUGCGCGGCGUGAACCGGGGCAUGGGCUCCACGCUGCUGCGCGAGACCCCCAGCUUCGGCGUCUACUUCCUGGCGUACGACGUGCUGACGCGCGCGCUCGGCUGCGAGCCCGGCGAGCCGCUGCUCGUGCCCAAGCUGCUGCUGGCGGGCGGCACGUCGGGCAUCCUGUCCUGGCUGUCCACCUACCCCGUGGACGUGGUCAAGUCGCGGCUGCAGGCCGACGGGCUGCGCGGCGCCCCGCGCUACGGCGGCUUCGUGGACUGCGUGCGCCAGAGCUACCGGGCCGAGGGCUGGCGCGUGUUCACGCGCGGCCUGGCCUCCACGCUGCUGCGCGCCUUCCCCGUCAACGCCGCCACCUUCGCCACCGUCACCGUGGUGCUCACGUACGCGCGCGGCCCCGAGGCCCGGCCGGACGGCGACGCCGCGCCCGCCGCUCCGUCGGGGCCUGGCCUGGCGCAGCCCUCCAGCCUGUGAGACGGGCGCCAGGGUCGCCAGCGGGCCUGGGCUGCCUGCCACG